AUGGCUGCUCAGCGUCACCACCUGAGAGUUUUUCGACCACGAAAAGAUGUAUUUAAUGAGUAUAAUGAUACUGAAUUGAUAUCUCGGUACCGCCUGGACAGUGGUGGCAUGAGGUUUGUGACCGAUUUGGUGAGAAAUAAGCUAACGUCUCCAACCAAGCGGAAUAUGGCCAUAGACGCUGACAGCAAAGUUGCAAUUACCCUUCGGUACCUUGCCACAGGAAAAAUGCAACUUUGCAACGGAGAAGACUUUGGAAUAAGUCAACCCUCAGUUAGCAAUGUCAUCACAGAGACUUUAAAUGCCUUUUGUAAACCACAACUUAUUGGCCGUUUCAUGAGAAUGCCUAUAAAUUGUCGCCAUCAACGCCAUCAACGCCAGUUUCAUGCCAUUGGUGGAUUCCCGGGUGUCGUAGGGGUUAUAGACGGCACCCAUGUGAAGAUAAUUGCACCAACCGAGCAUGAGAAUGAAUAUGUUAACAGGAAGAACUUCCAUUCGUUGAAUGUUCAGGUGGUUUUGAUUACGACGACAGAAUCUCCGACAUAG